AUGAAUAUGUUUACAGCCAUUAAUGACGCCAUGCGCGUGGCCAUGGAAACCGAUCCUUCGGCCAUACUUUUUGGUGAAGAUGUCGCCUUUGGUGGUGUCUUUCGCUGCUCGGUGGACCUUUGUGAGAAAUUUGGCAGUGACCGUGUCUUUAACUCACCUUUGUGUGAGCAGGGUAUUGCAGGCUUUGCCAUUGGUUAUGCAUCUACAGGACGUACGGCAAUUGCUGAAAUUCAAUUUGCCGACUAUAUUUUUCCAGCCUUUGACCAGAUUGUGAAUGAAGCGGCCAAGUUUCGAUACCGAUCGGGUAAUGAGUUUAAUUGUGGUAAACUCACCUUUCGUGCACCAUAUGGAGCGGUGGGUCAUGGUGGUCAUUAUCACUCCCAAUCACCUGAAGCAUACUUUGCACAUACGCCAGGAUUGAAGGUAGUCAUGCCUCGUAACCCCGUGACAGCAAAGGGAUUGCUAUUGGCAUCGAUUCGAGAUCCAAAUCCAGUAAUCUUUUUAGAGCCUAAGGCACUGUAUCGUGCAUCAGUCGCAGAGGUGCCGAUAGGAGAAUAUCAACAGAAUUUGAGUGAGGCCGAGAUUAUGCGGCGUGGUACUGAUGUCACAGUUGUUGGAUGGGGUGCACAGAUGAGAGUGCUUGAGGAAGCUUGUGAUUACGCUGAAGACAUUGGUAUCAGCUGUGAACUUAUCGAUUUGCAAACGAUCUUUCCAUGGGACGCAGACACAAUUGAGCAUUCGGUCCGUAAGACUGGCCGACUAGUCAUCAGCCACGAAGCUCCGAAAUCUGGCGGGUUUGCAGGAGAGAUAUCUUCUAGUAUUCACGAGAGAUGCUUUCUAAGCUUAGAAGCUCCCAUCCAGCGAGUGUGCGGGUAUGACACACCCUUUCCACUUUCGCAUGAACGAACGUAUCUUCCAGACGCACUACGAAAUUUUGAGGCAAUCAAGAAAGUAGUGGAUUACUAA